AUGGAAACUGAAACCACCCCAAAACUAGGGCGAAGCGUAGUAACUAGAGAUCAAAGUGAUCUAGAGAAGAAACGGCAGUUGUCUGACUCAGAAUGUGAGCUCGAUCAAAACAAGCAAAGAAAAAUGGAAAAAGAACAAACCGACGAUGAGAUAAAUAUUCCUACUCCCUUAUUUCUUGUGCUAAGUCAUAAGGAAGAUGGAAAGACUUUGACUAAGGUAGCGAUUACUGUCCAGCCUCAUGCCUCUCUGAACUCUUCCAAGGGAAUCGUUUUCUGUCGUGACCUUAUGGACUGCAGUGAAGAGGAAAUAAAGGUUGAGCUGCAGUGCGAGAUGGUGACUGAUGUGGUCAGGAUUGUUCGGACCGAAAACGGGGUAAAGGUUCCUACCCCGGGUCUUAUUUUAACCUUUGCAAAACCCCAUCCGCCAGAAACCAUCAAAGCCGGUUAUAUGUCUUUGUCUGUGCGGCCGUACUUUAAAAACCCCCAGCGGUGUUUCCGCUGUCAGAGGUUCGGGCACUCCAGUAAAGUGUGUUCGAACCCGGAGACAUGUUCCCGCUGUGGUGAUGAAGGACACCAAGAGGAGGGGUGCAAAAAUGAGACGCGAUGCAUCAAUUGCAAGGGAAAACAUCCGGCAUACUCAAGAGAGUGUAACAUCUUUAAAGAAGAAAAAGAAAUAUUAAAAAUUAUGACUAUCGAAAAGCUUUCAUUUAACGAGGCGCGUAAAGAGUACAGGAGGAGGGUCGCCCCAACUCCAAAAAAAGGAGUUUCCUACUCUGAAGCUGUAUCUGUCCCUGUUCAGGACUGCACAGUGUUCCUCAUGUACAGUCUUGGAGGGUAUG